AUGGUUCAAGUGAUAUGGGUUCGAGUGUUGUUGUUAAUGGUGGUUAUAGGAUACCUUGAACUUGUGAAUUGUGCUUAUUCCGACACAAGCGAAACUAGAGAAAUAUUGCAUUUGGAUGGAAUUUGGAAUUGUUAUUGUGAACGGGACAGUAACGAGUCUUUGGAUUAUCGUGAGAAACAUGGAUUACGGAAGCUCAAUGGAAUCGUCAAAAUGCCAGUUCCAGGAAGUCUCAUUGACUUUGAUCCGAAAAGUUGUCCCCGAAGCGUUUGGUACGAGAGGAGCUUUUUCGUACCGAAGUCGUGGAAGUACGAGCGUAUAAUUUUGAUAAGGUUGGAUGGUUUAGGUUUCGAUACAGUUUUGUGGCUAAAUGGGGAAAUCAUUGAAAGAAGCAACAAACACUUUGAAGAACUCGACGUUACUGACAGACUUGUAUAUGAUUCGGAAAAUCGCAUCGCCCUCGAAGUUCAAAACUCUCCUAAAAAUCGUAGUGAAUUUCAAGAAAUUCCACGAUCCAUUAGUCUGCUGUCUGUUCCUGAAAUUUUAUAUAUUCAAAGCAUAUCAGUGGCUUCGACUGUGACAAAUGAUACAGCUUUUAUAAGUUACAAAGCUAUAGCCGGUGGCUUGCUUAAAAUUAAUGCUAAAUGCGUAUCGGUUCAAGUUCUAGACAAAGAUGAUCUACAAGUUGCUUUUAGCUUGGGAAAUGAUUCGCUCGAGGGGAGUUUUUCGAUACCGAAUUUCAACUAUUGGCGGCCAUUUUGUAUGGACUCUAAUAGAGCCGGGUACCUUUAUACUCUAGUCUUUAAACUCUACUACAAAUACUGUGAAAGUGACAUAAAAGAUGUCUACAGAAUGAAAAUUGGAAUAAGACCUUUAAGUUGGUCUAAUAAUUCGUUAACGAUGAAUGAUAAAAGUUUGUACCUGCAAGGUGUUCGAGGAAGUAACGAAUGGGCGGUGAGUUUUUGA